UGACAUGGGAACAAAGCCAGCCACCAGCCACGCACACACGCAUAUAUCAUUCACUCCUGUAUACCUUUCCUCCUCUCUUCUUCAUUCAUCUCCUAAUCAGAACCUAUCCCAAAUAUCUAUCUAUCUCAACCAUGCAUCUACCUGAGUUCAUCUCCUCCUUCACGUCGUCCGAUCCAUUGCUAGCUAGCUUAGCCUUAGCUAGGGUUUCUUGAGUCGUCUUGCUGGCCUCAGCAGCUUUCUUCUUCCUCUUUCUUUUGAUUAUUCACAAACAGUAGAAAUAAAGAAGCUAGCCAAAAGCCAUGGAUAGCUUCGGGGAUCUUGGCGGCGGAGGUGGGAGAAGUUCCUCCAAGGCUGCUUCCUUCUUGCAGCUUCCGCUGCCGGCAUCAACAUCGUCAGCACAGCAGGUGUUUCCGCCGCCGGACGGCCGGCAGCACCACAGCUCACGCUUCGCCUUGCAACAGUUACUCGCCGACCCGUCGGCAGCGCAGCAGCAUAGCCAUCAGAAGGACGCGGCAGCAAUAGUACAGGGAGAGAUGUCGUCGCCGCCGGCGGAUGGGGAUGCCGACACCAUCAAGGCCAAGAUCAUGUCGCACCCCCAGUACUCGGCUCUCCUCGCCGCCUACUUGGACUGCCAGAAGGUCGGCGCGCCGCCGGAUGUUUCGGAUAGGCUCUCGGCCAUGGCGGCCAAGCUGGGCGCACAGCCGGGGCCAAGCCGGUGGCGCGAGCCGACGACGCGGCCUGACCCGGAGCUCGACCAGUUCAUGGAGGCUUACUGCAACAUGCUGGUGAAGUUCCAGGAGGAGAUGGCGCGGCCGAUCCAGGAAGCAACGGAGUUCUUCAAGAGCGUGGAGAGGCAACUGCAGCUAGGCUCGAUCUCCGACAGUAGUAACUGUGAGGUGGCCGGGUCGUCAGAGGAUGAGCAGGACGCGAGCUGUCCUGAAGACAUCGAUCCCUGCGCCGAGGACAAGGAGCUCAAGCACCAGCUUCUGAGGAAAUACGGCGGCUACCUGGGUGGCCUUCGUCAGGAGUUCUCCAAGAGGAAGAAGAAAGGGAAGCUCCCCAAGGAGGCCAGGCAGAAGCUGUUGCACUGGUGGGAGCUGCACUACAAGUGGCCCUAUCCUUCUGAGACGGAGAAGAUGGCGCUGGCAGAGACGACAGGGCUGGACCAGAAGCAGAUCAACAACUGGUUCAUCAACCAGCGGAAGCGGCACUGGAAGCCGGCGUCGGAGGACAUGCCGUUCGCGAUGAUGGAGGGCGGGUUCCACGUCCCGCAGGGCACCGCGGCGCUGUACAUGGACAGGCCGCCGCCGUUCAUGGCUGACGGCGGCAUGUACCGGCUGGGGUCGUGAGGGCCAGUGCGUGUCUCCCAUGCGUAGGUGUGUGCUCUCGAUCGGAUCGACGUCCAGCAAAGUUGCCGGCCGGCCCUGUGGUGCUUGUUUAGUUUGGGUUACCGUGUGGAGAGUGAACUCUGAUCCAUGGCAGCUAGCGGCAUGCAUGGUAAAAGCUUAAGCAUAUAGGUCCCGGUACCAUGGUGAUUGUUAAUUGGGGUACGUAGUAGUGAUUGAACUGACGGUAGCCAUUGCUGCUAUUCGGUUGUAAAUGUACAGUUUCUGUUUGAUACUUUUUCCUCUCGAUCGAGGAUCUGUAGUAAUUCUGCAAAGUCGUCGUAGACUCGUAGGCACCAUGUUUUUCUCUUGUUUUCCCCCUAAAGACGACUGAUAACAAACCUCUAUAUGCAUUGGUAUA